GUACGGAAGAGAAGCGCGACAGUAUAUAAGCUCUCUCUGUGAAGGCAGGAAUCCCUUUUGCACCUUCCUCCAUUAAGUUUCGAUCUAUUUGGACAAUCCUUAGAUGAGAUCAGCCUUGGUAAUAAGUGUGUACGCAGUUUUGUGCUAUUUCCUUCUCUCUAAAAUUUGGCUGGCGAAACUGCUUGUAGUAAUUAAUUGUGUGUACGUAGGGAGAAGAUUGUUUAGAUUAACCACUUCCCAAAGGAUCAAAAGAAAAUCUCUCCAUCCAUGGAAGUACGAUGUGUUUUUGAGUUUCACUGGGGAAACCCGUAAGGGUUUCACUCACUUCUUGUACAAAACCUUGCAAGGUCGAGGACUCAGUGUUUUCAGGGACCAAGAACUUGAAAGAGGCACAAACAUUUCUUUGAAGCUCUUGACUGCAAUAGAAGAAUCGAGGUUUGCCAUUGUUGUUCUCUCUCCAAAAUAUGCUUCUUCCACUUGGUGCUUGGACGAACUUUCAAAGAUCUUUGAGUGCAUGGAAGUCCGUGGCACCAUUCUCCCGAUUUUUUACAAGGUGAAGCCCUCGAAUGUACGGAACCAAAGGGGAAGAUUUGCAAAAGCCUUCAACAAGCAUGAAUAUCAUAACAUGGCAAAAGUGCAAAGGUGGAGAAGUGUUUUAACAAAAGUGGGCUGCAUCGCUGGAUGGAUAUCAAAAGAUUGGUACGAGUCUGAGCUUAUCGACGUAAUUGUAGAAUCAGUGUAUAAUGCUUCAUAGGUCGAUGAUCUACCGAAGAGUGAGUUAAGUCAUAAUUGAUGAAGAACCUGCUAGAGAAGAAGGACAAAUGAAUACAGCGAGUGAGA